GUGGUGCAUAAUGUAUUAAGCCGUAAAUGAAAGAAGAUACAAAAGGCACUUUUUCCGGUAGAGUAGCGUAUCUGAGAGAUUCUCUUUCACUAUCGGUAAACUAAAAUAUGAAUGUGAAAUCUGCCGGUGGAGUCGUUUCUGUGUUGUGAAAUUGUUGGAUUUUGAUUCAAAUUUGUUGUAUUGAGAGAUAAUGGAGAAGGAGAAGUACUCGGAGGAAUUGAAUGUGGCUGUGAGGGUUGUUCAUAUGGCGUGUAGUCUCUGUCAAAAGGUGCAAAAGGGUUUGCUUGGUAAAGCAUUUGGUGAUGAUGAUGAGGUUAAGUCUAAGGAUGAUGAUUCUCUUGUUACUAUUGCAGAUUGGAGUGUGCAAGCAACUGUAAGCUGGAUCCUUUCAAAUACUUUUGGUAGCGAAUUUGUCUCCAUAGUAGCUGAAGAGGACGUUCAAACUCUUUCCAAGCCUGAAUCAGCAGGUCUAUUGGGUAAAGUUGUCAGCACUGUCAAUGAAUGCUUAGCACAAGCUUCUAGAUAUGGUCUGAAAGGUCCAGAUAAAAUCCUGGGGCCUUCAGAAAUUCUGGAGGCUAUUAGUCGCUGCAAUUCAAAAGGAGGCCCUCUUGGCAGGCAUUGGGUUCUUGACCCGGUUGAUGGUACACUGGGGUUUGUGCGUGGAGGUCAAUAUGCUGUAGCUUUAGCGUUGAUUGAUAAUGCGGAGGUUGUAGUUGGAGUGCUAGGAUGCCCUAAUUAUCAUAUGAAAAGGGACAGGCAUAAUAAGCAACAACAAAAUCAUAUUUCAUCAGAAGUUCCAGUGCCCUCACCUGAUAUGUUGGAAGAAGGAUGUGUGAUGUACUCAAAAAAAGGUACUGGUGAAGCUUGGGUGCAGCCAACGGUUUAUGGUGAUGGUAAAUAUGAAUGGCCAAAUUUUGCCAAACAAGUUCGUGUUUCUCCAAUUGAUGAUCCAGCAUUGGCAACUUUUUGUGAGCCAGUUGAGAGAGCUAAUUCAAAUCACUCCUUUGCAGCUGGACUUGCUUCCUCUGUUGGGCUUAGAAACAAGCCCCUCCGUGUUUAUAGCAUGGUAAAAUAUGCUGCCAUAGCACAGGGAGAUGCUGAAAUUUUCAUGAAAUUUGCUAGAGCUGGGUACAAAGAGAAGAUUUGGGACCAUGCAGCUGGUGUUCUCAUUGUACAAGAGGCUGGCGGUGUGGUGACUGAUGCAGGAGGGCGUUCACUUGAUUUUUCUAAAGGGAUAUACUUGGAAAGUCUUGAUAGGGGAAUAGUUGCUUGCUCUGGCACUAAACUGCAUGAGAAAUUAAUUGGAGCUGUUUAUGCCAGCUGGGAGUCCUCUAGUCUAUGAAUAUUUCUUAUCUUCUACAAGGACAGUGACGGGUUUUUGUCUUAUUACGUACUCCCAGGUGGUAAACAUGACUUCUACUCUCAUCAAAUUCUAAAUAGGUAAUCUUCAAGUGAAUAACUUUGACAAAUGGAGUACACUACAACAUUGCAAUUGGUUCAUGAGCUACACGUUUGCUCUGGGAAGACAUAAAAUGGCGGACUGGUUUUCCCAACAGACGGGCAUUUCUGAGGCCAAUGUCGCGUAGAAAUGCUAGCUAAUUGGUUUCGCGGAGCACAAAACUCUGAUUCUACUACUGCAGAGAAGAGUUUGCUAGUUGUUCUUAGACAGUUGGAAGGGGAAAAAAAUCUCAUUGCUUCAACAACCAAGUUUUAAAAGUGUGGCUACUUGUUUUUUUCCUUGCAUAACCAUGGGGGAGAAUGCUGAGAUUAUAUCAAAAGGAGAAACAUCUUGUGUAGCAGCAACAACAAUUUACUUCUUACUGUGCUCAAUAGGGUGCCAAGGUGGUUAUGGAUUUCAUUACAGAUCCAAAUUGAGAAAAUUGUUAGGUUUGCCAAAGGAAACAUGUAAAGAUAACAUAGUACAUGGCUGCUGUUGUUUUUGUGCAAUUUGUCAAGAGCAUAGAGAACUUAAACUCCAUGGAGCUGAUCCCACCAUUGGUUGGAAAGCAAAUGUAGAGAAUUGGAGAAGUCAAGCGGUAACUGUUCCUCCAUUCUUUGAACCACAAAUGAUGCGCUAGGCUUUUGAUUAGAUGGUGGACAUAAUAUGACGGAGUUGAUUCAGGCUUAACUUACGUUACAGUUCCGCAUAAAAGUUUGUUUAUUUUUUUGAUAAAGGAUCUCCAUUUUGAAUUUUUAACUAUGUAGCUUCGAUAAUUGUGGCUCUUAAAUGUUUAGAAUAUGUCUGAAAAUUGAUAAGGCUUCA